AACUCCAUAUAUUAUAAAACCAAACUAUUUAAAUUGGUACAAACAUUCCUUCUAAGUAAAGUUAAAUAAUAGAUUAGGUGAAAACCUCUCUCUCUGCCUCCGACACCAACUUCUCCGAUCAUUUUCAUUCCCGCCGAUUGCCAUUUGUCACUGAAGUAUAGGAGGAAAGUCCCAUUUUCAAUACAAAGAAGUAAGAACAGAAGAGACAAAUCUUAACAUCAUGGCUAGACCUGCAAGCUCCGCCACCAGAGCAGCAGUAGCAUCGUCAUCUGCCACCGUUACAACAACCGUUACGCUGGAGAAACCCGAAGAAUCCACGUCUUCUUCUUCUUCUUCUUCUCAGCCGCAGACUCUAACAAUUCGCCUUAACCGAAAGAAGAAGCAAGUAACUUGGAAAGAGGGGACUGUGGACAAUGAGUUUAUGCAAAAGAAAAGUUCCAAAAAGUGUUGUAUAUUCCACAAGCAAAAGCCGUUUGACGAGGACGACAGCGAUCAAGAAGAUGAAGAUCACCAUCUUCACAACAAUGACAGCAAGGGAUGUUGCUCCAAAGAUCAUGAUCAGUUGUAGCUUUCUUUGAAUUGUGUAUGUAGAAUUAUCUGAGUGAUUAAUUUUUGGGAUUUUGUUUGUAGAUACUUUAAUUUUGUACCUGAAAAUAAAUUGAAAACAGAAAGAACACCAGUCAAUGACUCA